UGUAGUUUCGACACUGUGGUCGUUCUUGCAUAAUUGAAAUUGAAUUAAUUUCACUUUACUCUCAAAGUUCAAUAAAGUAGGUUCGGAGAAGUGCGUCGUCAUGCAGUGUCCGUUUUUAAACCGCUUUACUGCCAACUUCGUCCGCAAUUAUGCGGAGGUUUUGUGUCAGUCAUAUGGAAUGUACUGCCCCGUAGUGGGCAAGACGUUGAGUAGUGGGAGUGGGAGUGAGAAAAAACUUUCUCUCGUCGCCUCAUUGCCAUAUGCUGCAACUGUUACAAGGCCGUUGUCCAAACGUGAAUACUCAACCGGGAGUAGCUUUGGGAGCGAUGCAAAGGGGAGCCAUGAGAAUGAGAGGGCCAGGGAAACCUUUCCCUACGAAAAGUUCUUCAACGACCAGAUUAUGAAGAAGAAACGAGACCACUCCUAUCGCGUGUUCAAGAAGGUGAACCGACUAGCUGGCGACGGGCUGUUUCCCCACGCACUCGAAUAUUCAGAACGGACGGAGCGACCAAUUACCGUGUGGUGCUCCAACGACUAUUUGGGCAUGUCUGCACAUCCUAGUGUGAAAAGGGCGGUGCAGGAUGCUCUGAAUAUGCACGGCUCUGGCGCAGGAGGAACUCGGAACAUUUCGGGAAACUCCUUGCAUCAUGAGCGACUCGAGGAGAAGCUGGCGGAUCUUCAUCAAAAGGAAGCAGCCUUGCUGUUCACUUCGUGCUUUGUGGCCAACGAUUCAACGCUGUUCACGCUCGCCAAGCUGCUGCCAGGAUGUCACAUCUUUUCGGACGCUGGGAAUCACGCCUCAAUGAUUCAGGGAAUACGGAACAGCGGAGUCCCAAAGCAUAUAUUCAGGCAUAACGAUGUUGACCAUCUGCGCAUUCUUUUAAAACAACUGGACAAAAGCACUCCCAAGAUAGUAGCAUUUGAGACCGUACAUUCCAUGACAGGGGCGAUAUGCCCACUUGAAGAGCUGCUCGAUGUUGCCCACGAAUACGGUGCCAUUACGUUCAUUGACGAGGUCCAUGCGGUGGGACUGUAUGGGGACCAUGGGGCUGGGGUUGGUGAACGCGAGGAAGUGCUGCACAAAAUGGACAUCAUAUCUGGAACCUUGGGGAAGGCCUUUGGUAACAUUGGGGGGUACAUAGCAGGGUCCGAUAAGCUUGUCGAUAUGAUUCGCUCAUAUGCAGCUGGAUUUAUUUUCACAACGUCGCUGCCACCCACGGUGCUUUGUGGCGCUCUGGAAGCUGUCAACGUUCUGGCCUCGGAUGAAGGGCGUCAUCUUCGUAGCUUGCACCAACGAAACGUUUCUUACCUAAAGAACUUGCUCAAAAGAGAAGGUUUUCCAGUAGAGGACACUCCCAGCCACAUCAUCCCAAUUAAACUUGGGGACCCGUUGAAGUGCACCCAAAUCUCAAACAUGCUAAUCGAACAAUUCGGACACUAUCUACAAUCCAUCAACUAUCCAACGGUUGCCCGCGGCCAGGAGAAACUUCGACUAGCUCCGACUCCUUUUCAUACUUUCGAAAUGAUGAACGCCCUCGUUACGGACUUGAAGAAGGUUUGGCAAAUGGUUGAUCUGUCGACAAAUGUUCCGCUGUCCCCGAACGGCUGCAUGUUCUGUAACACUGAGAGCUGCGGACACCAGGAUACGUGUCCCGACCUCGAGUGUGGUAUACCCAACUGCCCGCGUCUGGAAAUCUCUGUAGCAGCAUAGUUAACCAAAGCAUUCAAAAUAUUAAUCUUUGGCUUUAAUUCUUUUUAUGGUUUUGGACAAAUAAACAAAUGGUUUUGGUGCUUUAAA